AUGUAUCCAGGCUGUCCAACCCCUCAACGAGGAAUCGCCGCAUAUACUAUCUCCCCGAAUCGUCAAAAUCCCAAUGCUGGCGCACUCCACGCUGCGAUUUUCAACACUUUCCGCCGUUUCCGCCAUCAAGUUCUCUACUUUGCGCCUCCGUUUAUUAUUGCUUAUGCGGCGAUGAAUUGGGCUGUUGAAAAGAAUGAGUAUUUGAACUCAAAGCCCGGUCGACUUGCUGCCGGUGUGGAGGAGUAG